UCCAAAGAAAGAGUCAGAGACAAAGACAGGGUCAAGUGUAUUAGGUGGGAAUAUGGAACACUAGGGGUAGACAAACUCAAAGCUGCAAAUACCUCCUCUCCCAUUUACCACGUUUUUGAACUUGAACAAGAACAACCCCUCUCUAAUUUUUUCCCUCUGUAGUACUCAAUAGUGAGUAACAAUGCUUUAAUGGGUGCGGAUCAAGUUUCUGUCUUUUCCAUCUUAUAGCACACCCUUUUUCUUCAGAAAAAAAAAAAAAACACCAUGUUAGGGGAAGCGGGUAAGAAGGACAAAGCCCCCCCCGGUGGUGUUGCAUGGAAAACUUAUUCUCGUUCUGUUUCAUGGACUGAUAGGUCUCCCAAUAGCCGCAAGCCACCGACAAACAGCAAAACAAGACCACUUUUGCCACCCCUUCAGCCUCUCUCAAUCAACAAACGCAACGUGGAGGAAUGGCCUAGUGCUGGAUCUGAUGAUCUUGGAGUUUGGCCACUUCCUCAGACUCCAAGAGGCUCCUCAACCUCCUCAAGUCAACAACAACCCACCAAGGAUUUUCUCUUCAAGAGGGACAAAUUGGCCUUCUUUGACAAAGAGUGUUCCAGAAUUGCCGAGCACAUAUACUUGGGGAGUGACACGGUAGCCAAGAACCACGAACUCCUCAGGCAGAAUGGAAUCACUCACGUUCUCAACUGUGUUGGCUUUGUUUGUCCUGAGUAUUUCAAAGGUGAUUUUGUGUACAAGACACUUUGGUUGCAGGACAGCCCCACUGAGGACAUCACAAGUAUUCUCUAUGAUGUGUUUGAUUACUUUGAGGAUGUUAGAGAGCAAGGUGGGCGUGUCCUUGUCCAUUGUUGUCAAGGGGUUUCUCGAUCAACGGCUUUGGUGAUUGCUUACCUCAUGUGGAGGGAAGGGCAGAGCUUUGAAGAUGCUUUUCAGUUUGUGAAGACUGCAAGGGCUGUCACAAACCCGAACAUGGGUUUUGCUUGUCAACUUUUGCAGUGUCAGAAAAGGGUUCAUGCUAUGCCUGCAAGUCCAAAUUCUGUUCUCAAGAUGUAUCGUAUGGCUCCUCACUCCCCCUAUGACCCUCUUCAUCUUGUCCCCAAGAUGGUUAACCAGCCAGGUUCACAAGCUCUUGAUUCUCGUGGGGCAUUCAUUGUCCAUGUUCCUUCUGCUAUCUAUGUUUGGAAUGGGAAACAUUGUGACUCUGUGAUGUCAUGCAAUGCAAGGAGUGCAGCCUUUCAGGUGAUCCGUUAUGAGGGGGCAAAAGGUCCUAUUUUGACAAUCCACGAAGGUGAAGAACCACCCGGGUUUUGGAUUGCUCUUUCUAUUGAGCAACGAAUAUCAGGUGAUUCUGAAAAAGAAGUGGUGAUCAUGGAGGAGCCCUCUGAAGGCAUGGAGAGUGCUGUUGAACCGGUUGAUUCUGGGAUGACUACUGGUCCAAGAAAAAUUGAUGCAUAUGAUUUGGAUUUUGAGAUUUUCCACAAGGCACUUGCUGGUGGGGUUGUUCCACCUUUUUCCUUGUCUGAUCCAGGAUCAGAAACUUGUCUUCCUGCUAGAGAACAAGGUUGGGCAAGACUGAGGAGGAAGUUUGCUAGUGGAUUGCUCACAUCCCCCAAAUUCAUCUGUGAUGCUGAUUCAACCCCAUGCAAUGAUCAUCAACCUAGUGUAUCUGAGGAAGCUGCAUAUGAGCCUUUGUCACCAUCAUCAAUUCCUCCGUGUGGUUCACCGGAUUCCUUUGAAUGCUAUCCAAAUAGGGAAAAAGGUAGUCCUGAAGCCAUGGACUUCUCUGUUCAUGGUGUUGCUUCAUCAUUGCCACUGUCUCCUACCGGCACAUCAAAUCCUUUUCCUUGCUUCAUAAGCUGCAUUCCAAAAUUCAAUUCCAAGUCACCAACACUCUCACCUUCAAGUUCUGAUUACGCCAGUUCAUUUACUUUUUCGCCUUCCUCUACCAACUGGUCCGACUUGUCCUUGGUGUCUUCUCGGCAGCCAUCACCAUCUGGCCUUGAAUCGGCUGAACCCUUUUAUGUUAAAGACGCGUCUUUCUCAGAAAAUUCCACUUUACUUCACAAAGAUGUCUCUUCACCCUUGGAAGAAUUUUCAGCUAAUCACACAUUUGGAGGGGCGAACUCCAAUUUGCAGUUGAAAGGUUCUUUCCUCUCCAUCGCCGAGCGCAGAGGGAAUCAUCCACCGCCUCUGAUGUUGCUACCCUCAGCCAGUGAAUCCUCUCAUGUCCCCAAGAACAACGUGGUAAGAUCACUGUCUUUCUCUUUGCCUGAAUUAGAUGAUAAUGUGGUGAAGGAUGAUGAUACUUGCAAACAAUCUGACCGUGAAAACAAAGGAAAAUGGCUAAUAUCAGAUGACUAUAUUAUUAGUUCAGGUGUUGAACCGCAGAGUGAGAUUAAUGACAAAGAGGAUCGUGGUACAGAGUUAUGUAAUAAAAUGGCUGAGCUUGACAUAGAGGAGAAAGGAAAUGGGAUGAGUUGAGCACGAAUUCUGCAAAUUUUGGAUGUAAAUUUGCACUCACGAUCAGAUUAUUCCGAGGACUGCAACUAAUAACAUCCGAAAGAUGGAUAAUAAGAAUAAGCCUUCAAAUAUUUUGCCUAUAAUAUACUGAAAUCAGGACAUGCAACCUGAAUUGCUGAUGGUGGUUCGGUAAUUUGUUCAUAUAACCAAAAAGAUGAUGGUGGCUUCGGUAAUUUGUUCAUAUAUACCAAAAUACUACGGAUAGGUGACACAACAGAUGUAGGCUUGUUUCUUAAAGUCCAUUGUUGGACCUUAACAAUGCCAUUGUGGGACCCAGCGCACUGCAUCUCAUGGCUCUAUGGGACCAUGACCUCGUGCUAGAGCUCUCUCCUCCUCUACUCCAACCAUCCUCCUUCGACAGCUUGGCCUUCUUUGCUUUUAAUGCCUCGUUAAUUUCGUCCCACACGUUUACUUCCCCAUUUUCUGUAAAGAAAUUCCACAUGUUUAGUGCAUCAAAAUGUUUUCAUUUUUCUAUAGACCAUACACUCCAAUAAUCGUAAAGUGUACAUUACCUUUAGCAGUGA